GUGUCCAUGUAUUAUUUUCUGGAAAUGAGUUGCAAGAAAAAAAAAAUGAAAAGCCCAAGAAGCGAGGCCCACGACGGAAACAUGGAGAGAUGGCGGAAGAAGAAAGAAGCAGUUGUUAACGACGACGAAGUCCGAUCUACGAGAAAGGAAAGGUGACGAUGGAUUCACAGAACGUGAAACAGUCUUUCCUCUACCUCACCUUCCUCCUCGCACUUCUUCACCUCACGCAUCGCAACCUCUUCCUCCGCAACGAAACGGUGCGCAUCAAGAAGAUCUCCGACCUUCCCCUACGCUUCCGUUCCGACGGUACCUUCAAGAUCCUCCAGGUGGCUGAUAUGCACUAUGGCACCGGAACCAUGACUCGCUGCAGGGACGUGUUGGCCUCUGAGUUCGAGUUUUGCUCCGAUCUUAACACAACUCGCUUUUUGAAGCGCAUCAUUCAGGCCGAGAAUCCUCAUUUCAUUGCUUUUACCGUGUGGGAAAAAUGUGUUGAUGGAUAA